AUGGAGAAUUUCGAGUACAGCAUCGAGCUGAGCGACCGGGACUGGGCCGCCUUCGCCGUGGCGGCUGCCGAGUGCGGCUUGGCGCUGGGCGCGCUGGCCGAGGAGGAGCCCGCGCUCACGGACAUGGAGGAGCCGCGCGUGGAGGCCGGGCCACGGAGCCCGCGGUGCCGGCGGGAGGAAGCGGCCGGGCCCCGGAGUGCCGGGAGCAGCCCCUCCACGCCGGGAGCCUCCACGCCGGCGGUGAGGCCCAAGACGCCGGCGCAGGCCAGGAAGAGCCGCAAGGCGCGCGGGGCGGGUGCCGCCCGUGAGCCCAGGGCACCCGUGGGUGGCCCAGGCCCUUUGGCACCGCCGUCCUCAACACUGAGCGGCACGGCCAAGGAGAAGGCGGCCGAGGUGGCCCCGGGGAAGGAGGCAGCGAGGAGGACGGCGCUCGGCCCCGGGGUGGCCGAGGCUGCCAGCGCUGGCCCAGGGCUGAGGGAGACGGAGACCCGGGACAAGGCACCCAAGGACGAGGUGGCCAAGGACAAGGUGGCCAAGGAUGAUGUGGCCAAAGACAAGGUGACCAAGGAUGAGGUGGCCAAGGAUGAUGUGGCCAAGGAUGAGGUGGCCAAGGACAAGGUGGUCAAAGACAAGGUGACCAAGGAUGAGGUGGCCAAGGAUGAGGUAGCCAAGGAUGAUGUGGCCAAGGACAAGGCGGCUAAAGACAAGGUGACCAAGGACGAGGUGGCCAACAAUGAUGUGGCCAAGGACAAGGCGGACAAGGACAAAGUGGCCCAGGACAAGGCAGUCAAGGACAAUGUGGCCAAGGAGAAGGUGGCCAAGGACAAGGUGGCCAAGGACAAGGCAGUCCAGGACAAGGCAGCCCAGGACAAGGCAGCCAAGGACGAGGCGGCCGAGUGCCCUGAGGUGCCCGGGCGCUCAGGUGGACAUCACACGUCACCGGCAGCUCUUGCUGACACGGCGGCGCCGGUGGCCGCGUGCCGGGAUGCGCCUGGGAAGCUCCCCGAUGCCGGCGCCACGGCAGUGCUCGCCGGCAAUGCCCUGGCACCAGCAAAGGCGGCCGUGACACCGCCGGGCUCCGCGGGGCCCAACACCCGCGAGGUGACGUGGCCCGAGAUGUACGACUACUUGUUCUGCGACUCCCAGGGGGAAGAAGAAGCCGCGCAGAGCCCCGCGGAGGAGGAGGAGGAGGAGGAAGAGGUUCCCGCGCACAGGGCAAUAUCUCUGCCUGAACUCUAUGAGCAUUUUUUCAACGAGCCCGAAGGAAAGAGGAAAAAAGUCCAGGGCAAAGACAGGAGGCGGGAGAAGCGCGGCGGCUCGGACGGGCUGCAAAGGGAGGACCCCGGCUCGGCUGCCGCCGAGGAGACCCUGGUUAUCUCCGUCCCUGAGGUCUAUGAACACUUCUUUGCCGAUGGGCCCGGGAAUGGGGACGGCUGGAGAGGGCUUUUCCCGCGCACGCCGGCCUCGGAGGUGAGCAGAGCGGUGCGUGCUCUGAAGCGGCUGCUGCGGAGGCCGGUGCAUCUCCUCGGAGGCCAGGCCUCGGCUCCCCGUGCUGCGGCAGGGACGGGAUCCGUUGGGAAGCUCCCCCUCAUCCCGCUGGCCCCGCCGGGAUGCGGCCGCGCUCAGCCAGGCGCUCCAGACAUGACCCUUGCACUCACAGGGAGGCCCGCGGCUCCGCUCGUGCUCACCCACAAGGACAUGUGCCUGGUGUUCUGCGCCUUCGCCUCCUGGGCCGUGAGGACCUCCGACCUGCAGGCUCCGGACGCGUGGAAGACGGUGUUCCUGGCGUCUUUCGGCACGCUCUCUGCCAUCCGCUACUUCAGGAGGCAGCUCAGAGAAGGGCACCCCCAGACCUAG